AGGAUUUUGAGGAAGAAUAUAAUCAAUCGCCCACCUCACCUGGAGAGAGAGCUUGGAGCGCGUGAUGAGGGGGCCCUCAUUUAUUCAGGCCAGGGAUGACGCUGAUAUCGACGAUCCAUGGAUGAUUUCGGGCAGGGAAUCCCAGGGGAUGGCCGGUGGAAGAACCGAUGUAACUCUCCCUACAAAGUACCACACAUGCAUACAUAUCUGGGUAUCUACGCCGUAGGCAUAUUGUACGGAGCAUUCCGUACGGCGCAAUAUCGCAAUAUUACAUACUUGAGAUGAGGGAAUAUGUGGAAAAACACAGCGGAAACAUGGAGAGUCGCAGGUAUUUGGCAGACGCAGACCUUCCUCCCUCAGGUGGUAGAAUGGUAUUUCUCGCAGCCAAUAUUUCCCGAUUUACUGCGUACGCAGCCUAUGCAUGACAGUGCCCCUGGUGGAGCAAUUGCCCCUUGAACCGAGACUAGCGACAGGCGUUCCUGACGAGGCCUGUCAAGAGGUGGAACAGGUCUAUCCGCGAUGAGCCUUAGCGGGUGGAACCAGGCACAAUGGGGGACGGGUUACUGUUUCGGGAGCAAGACAGAGGAACGGAACUGGGCAUGCAAAAUUACCAGCGCGGGAUCUGGCCGGGGAGCAGCUCCAGGCCAGGACCGGGGCUCUGGGGAACGGUUCUUUAACUGGAAAAUAGCAGGCGGAAAUGUGGUUUGAUUGGAGCAUUUGUAUGCGUGGUAUUAUAGCUCUGUAUCGUUGAUACACAGCGUCACCUAUCACGGCUCAUGUUGCGCAUCUGCGGUCAUUCUUCUUCCUUCAUUCUCAUUCUCAAUUCUCUUCUUUGCUCUGUCUUCUUGAAACUGUAUACCUAUUUCACUCACAAAAAGACCUCUCGCUGUCUCAAAUAGACAUAUCUGUCUCUUUAAUAUAAAAAUUCACAUCUAUACCUUAGGUAUUGUCGUUGCUGUCUAUAUCAAACUAUCCCCUUCCAGAAAUAUUGUACCUAUCAACUCCCUCCAUAUCCUUAAGUCAGCUCCCAAUUCAAGUCCCCUGCUUCAUUCCUUGAUUCUCCCGAGAUUGCUGUCUAGGAUAACCUUUCUUCAUUAAAUCCCUCUGAAGAUUUCCUGUAGACAGGAAUUGCCUCUCUUGCUCUGCCUUAACAAAAUCAUCAUCAUUCUUCCCGACCAGUGAUUGCAGAGGGGACAAAGAGACAAAGGAAGUCGAAGCGUGAACGUACGAAAGGCGUAGCCCGGAUUCCUCAGUUGCCUAUUGCAUAUGAGUUAUCCAAGUGUCCUUUACAAUGGCGGCGGAUCUAGCUACGGACGGGCUAUUGCCAGUGAUCAAAUGCUCCAACUGCAAUGCGAGCGUGGGAAUCUCUGAAAUGGGAGACCAUAUCUGCGAUAGGCCUUCGCAGCAACCUACUCCUCCCCCCGACCAAUAUACAGAUCGCAACCCGUUCGACAGCCCCCCGAAUCCCACGGGUUCCAAUCGCGAUAGCAAGCCGGGAAGAUUUGGACGACCACCACAAAUUGACCCCUUCGUAGCUAAUCGGCCUUUUCUACAUCUUGAUGUUCUCACCCCUGCCAACAGUGAUGGCACCCCAUCUCUCUCUCCGGCGCCUCUCAAACGAAGUCAAACAACUCCGCUACCACCGACACCUGACCCAGUCAACGAAGAUGGCACAUAUACACCUUUUGUUAGAUCACAUACAGUUACAGGAUCCACCGUGAGGUCAAAACCUAGAACCCAGUUAGCUGACACGUAUAGUCCCUUUACGACAAAACCGUUCGAAACUAGCCCAGAUCGGAGCGAAGGCGAUACUAGGAGUGAUAUUGACAAUAGUCAUGCUUCGAUUGUGCGAGAUCCCGUCCCCGAUGAAGAAGAACGAGGACGACCAAAAUCGAAGCAAAAGCAUAGGAGGGAAAUGUCGAUAGAUAGCAAGAGCAUGCUUCGGAUAUCAGCAGCUAGCUCGCGGUUUGGCGAUGGCCUCCUUAGUCCUUACUCGCCGAGGAAGUCGUCCGCCUCUGGACGCAAUGUGAUGGACGAAGUACCUCCGCUGCCUACGGGACCCAUCAAGAGCUUCACCCCAGGACCCUACGACACAGUUCCUUCCUCAUAUCGUUUUGAAGACAAAGAGGACUUUGAGUCAGAUCGCAUCACAGAGACGAGCCCCCCUCAAGAGGAACCGAAGAAGGGCCUGUUCGGCAGCUUUGAUUUCGGCCUACCGUCACAACCAAAGCUUCCGCGAAAUUCUAACAGUUCCCACUUUAGAAGGCCCUCAAACGCCACCACCACCUCAUCGAUUAGCGUCAAGCCUUCUGUUUCAGAAAAGGAUGAUAGGUCCACCAUACCCAAAAACGAGGUACCACAGUCUCCGAUACGCGAAUAUCGAAUUAAUGAGGAUUUUUCUGUCUCGAAUUUUGCGCGAGAUCUAGGGUUAAACCAUAGCGCCCAUCCAUCAAUUUCAUCAUCCAUAGGGACCGCACCAUCAGAUAUGGCAAGUGGGAGUUCCCACUCCACUCGACCUUCUGACGUGUCUAGCAACGCACCCUCAAAAACCGCGUCUGACAAUAUGUCUGACAAUAUGUCUUGGAAUAAUAUUUCAAUCGAUGUGGAGCCGAGGCGACCGCGAGAUCCGGCUGCACACUGCAUGGAUUCCCCGACUGAUCCCUCCUUCCAGAAUGGGCAUCUGUCAUCAACAAUGAGGAAAACUGACCUACCACAACCAAUGCCUAUGUUACCCACAGAACCUGUAGCCGAUAAACGUGUAGGAUCACCACCCGCACGCACUGCCACACGCACUCCCGUAGGGCGGAGGAGCCGGUGUCGUGGUUGCCAGCAAAUCAUCGUUGGAAAAUCCGUAGCAUCUGCAGAUGGGCGAUUAACAGGCCGAUGGCACAAAGCGUGCUUUGUCUGUCACACAUGCCGCUCCCCAUUCCAAACAGCUGAUUUUUACGUCCUUGACAACCUCCCUUACUGCGCUCAGCACUACCAUGAACUAAACGGUUCACUCUGCGGCUCCUGCAACAUGGGUAUCGAAGGCCAGUAUCUCGAAACCGAAGAGGAAAACGAAGACUCUACUGGAGGCGCUCGGAAAAAAUACCACCCCGGUUGCUUCAGAUGUCGAACGUGCCACAUGGUGCUACGCGGCGACUACUUCGAAUGGAACGGAGUGGCAUACUGUGAGCGAGACGGACGGCGUGCGGCAGCUGCCAUGCAUCCGGCCCCAUCGCCGCCGACGAUGAUGCCACCACCACCAGGCGGACCGGGCUUCAGACGGCCACCGUAUCCUCCACGGGGAUACCCUGGAGGAGGGUAUGGACCGGGACCCGGACCCGGACCGAGAUAUGGACCAAGAGGUCCUGGAAUGCGACACCCACCAAACCAUCCACCCCAUUCAGGUUUAAAUGUGCCCGGUCAAGGCAUGUAUCCUAAUAAUAAUAAUAAUAAUAAUAAUACGCGACGAUAUCCCGAGCGGAGGACUACGAGGUUGAUGAUGAUAUAAUGAUGCCCCAGCUCCGUGCUCCGCCCUACCCUGAGUUCCGCCACUGGUUUAUAUUAUAUGUAUGGAUUUCAAUAUAGACCACGGGCGCUAACACAACACACAUGCAAUCGUCUUUCUCCGUUCUUCCUUUCCUUCCCUUUUGAAAGCCAAGGUGUUCUAUUGGUCUGCUUCUUUUUUUUUUCAUUAUUUUUUUUUCAGUUUUGGUAUCUUGUUUCCCUUCAGUGACCCGUUGGUUCAAGGGAUUCGCUGUUAUUGGGAGUUUCGUCGGAAAACUAUUUGAUUAUAGGGCGUACGGGAUCUAACCUUUCUGAGGUAUAUGACUACAUUGUUUCAUUUUUAUUUGUUUUCUACCUUUCCUUCUCUCUUCUCUUUUUCCUUCUCCCUUUUUUUUUUUAAUCUACAUUUAAAUUCCCAUCGCUAUAUAUUCUCACCUUGACUCACCAACUGUUAAUACCACUGUCGCACAAGCUUGUUGCCCUUUCUUUGAUUUUAGCUCAUUUAUAUAUAUAUACCCAUAUCCCCUUUGUUUUUUUACCUUGAGCCCUACUAGAUGUAGAUAGGUCCGGUUCGUAUCAUUAUCACUUUAUAUAUACUGACUGUCCUUUUCCAUCAUUUUAUCAACUCAUGCCAAUCAGCUGUGUCCAACGUACGUAACUCUCAUCCCUUCCUGUGUCGUUUUCUCAACCUUCUGCUCGGGGACUUUGGAUUUGGGCG